CAACAUCAAUCUGCUUAUGAAACACGAUUUCCUAGCGAAAAGUUUAUUGCCUUCCCAAAUCUCAGAAGACACCUACCAGCACGCUUUAUUACAUGCCAAUAACACAAUUGACAUCAGGGAGUGCUCCUUGGACAGAGAAUUGGAUGCGGCUGCUGAAGGAACUGGUCUUGCCUUCAUAGUUUUCACCCAAGCUAUAGUGGAGCUGCCAGGCGCUCCAUUCUGGGCGGUCAUUUUCUUCAUGAUGCUGCUGUCGCUUGGAAUUGGGUCACAGAUCGGGAUCUUGGAAGGAAUGUUGUGUACAGUCUUCGAUAUUGAGAUACUGAAAAGGGUUGGCAAGCAAUAUAUCACAG